AUGGUAUUGUCUUAUAGAUUCAACUAACCAUAUUCACUCUAUUUUACCUCAUAUCAGUAAGACCUUUUAAGUAAAAGAGUUAUUUUCACCUACUGCUUUAUCCCAUUCAUAAAUCAUUUUGAUAUUGAACAGGGUCCAAGAUAGUGGAUGGGUUUUAUACCAGUAGCACUAGUUUUGAUAUAUCUUUGCUAUAACACUGCAGUUAUUGCUUAAAAUUUUUUCAGACAAAUAAGGGAAUAUGUGAGAUACAAAUAGGAACAGGCAAUUCUAAGUAAAAUUAGAAAAUUUAUCAAUGAUAAUGAAAAUCAUAUUAAUGAUGAGAUUGGAUAGGCUUAUUAAAUAGAGGAUGAAAAUUCUUAUCCUUAUCCUUUUAGACUGCCUCCUUUGCUAACUAUAAUUAAAAAAGAGGAAUUAAUCUUGCAAGAUUUGUAAAUGUAGAAAAAGAAGGAGGAAGUUACUAUCGAAUAACUAGACACGCAAGAUAUGUCAAGAUUCCUAUGA